UAUUCGCCUGAUCUCUGAUCUGCUGAUGACCGGUGAUCAGUACAGUGAGUGUAUCAGUCAUGGCUACUGAAGUGGGCCAAAACACACUCGUAGAGGCUUUGAAAGAACUGAUCGGAUUUGGUAGAACAUCUUUGGAAAAUGUAGAAAAGUUAGUCGCCAAAGGUGGUUCUUUGCAAGAAAUUGUCGAUGAGAAAAUUCGUCCUUUAUUUGGUCUGAUGUCAGCUGGUGCCAAGUUCUUUAACAGUCUGGGUGUUAAAAACCAAAAGGAAGCAGAACAUUUAUGGGAAAAGUUUUUUCAAAACACUGAUGUUCGAGAUAAUGUUGAAGGCUUGCUACAACUGGAAGUGGAGUGGGAUCGUUUUUUGAAAGGUCUGGAUGUUCAGAUGCAGAUGAGUGACACAGUUCUGUCCCAGUGUCCUGCAGCCCAGACGCUCCGCUCAGAUACACAGUUUAAACACGUCCAGACUAAAGAGAAUGUGUCUCUAAGUCAGUACUUGGGGAAGGGAGAGAAACUCCUCCUUGUGUUGCUCCGGCAUUUCGGAUGACAGCCAUGACGAGACCACCUGACUGAGCUGAAGAACAGCAAAAAGCUUCUGGAAGCUCAGUCGUUGCGGGUGCUGGUGGUCUCGUACGGUUCUCUCGAAGGGGCCACAUUCUGGCUUGAUCAGACGGGCUUUGAAUUUGACAUGCUGUUGGAUGCAGAGAGAGCGGUGUAUCAAGUGUUCGGUCUGGGUUCAUCUGUCAGCAAGGUGAUGAAGUUUAAGUUAAUGCUCCACUACUCUGAAAUCCUGGUGAUGAACCGACAGUUACCCGAUGUGCCACCUGAGUUCCUCGAGGAUCUCUUUCAGAUGGGUGGUGAUUUUGUUCUGGACCAGGGGGCCAAAGUGAUAUUUUCCUACCGGUGUAAAAGCCCUGCGGACAGACCAUCAGUUCCACAGAUUCUGGCGGCCGUCUCUGCCCUCUCUUAGCAUUCCUGGAGGACAAGGUCUUUGAUGGUUUGUGUGUCUAGUAUGUUAAACUGCUUGACUUGCUUCCUUGCCAUCCCGACGAGAAGUUCCAGUUCCUGAUAAGUAAUACUCGUUCACGUUUGUGCCAGACUUCCAUUUAGAAUGGGGUACAAAUUUUGGGCUGAAUGGGUGAUUUUACUCAUCUGUAAAAUAUAAAAAUGGGAAGCUACUGUAUCACUAUGAGACUCAUACUAAAGGGAACACGAAACAAAUAUAAUUUCAGAGUAUUUAGGACAUUAAUUACUCUAUAGUAUGAAUUACUCUAUAGUAAAUAGUAUGUUUAAAGACUGACUUCAGGCCUUUAAUGUGUUGCUGUAGGUCGGCUCCACAGAUAGACAGCUCCCCCAGAGGUUGUAUGGAUGAAGAUCUGACUCAAACUCAUUCGUGAAGAGUCAUUUCUGAUGGACAUUUACACCCUCUGGUCAUCGCAGCUUCUCAUCUGUUGAGUUACAGACCUGCCUGACCUCUACAUCACACAUCACUGUCUUGAUUAGAUGGAAUGAGAUUAGUAAAUUAACUUCUUUACAUACAUUUUAUAAUCAUUCAAGAUCAUCAUGUGUAUAUAUAUAUAUAUUUCUUUGAUUAUUGAAAUCAACAUUGAAUAAAGAGCUGGAUGUUGGCCAGAAUGAGACUGGGCUUUUCUCCAUUUUUCAGCACAGCUCAAGAGUCUCAUUUCACUUUAAACCUGCUUCAGUUGUGGCCAAGUGAAACAAACACAGCUUUGAAAACAAAUACAGGGUUGAAACAAUAAGCCACGAUUCUAAAGAAUUUUAUAACAAUAAAGAACAAAAAGAAAACCCAUUUCUGUUACAGUUUUGAACACACGUCUAAAGCGCCCUUGGAAUAAUACAAACAUUAAACAUCAAAAAGAUUAAAUUUAUUAAAUUUCAGUAUGUUUUCAUUUGUCCAUGAUCUUCAAACCUUUGUUAUCACAAAUGUUUCCAGCACUGACUUUAGAUCCCAUGAAUAUUGGAGUUUUGUGGCAUUUAUUAGCCAUCUAGAGUAUAGGAUGUUGUAUUUUUUGUAAAGUUUGUUCACUUUCAGCAGAUAUAUGUUUUUUAAAAUAUACAGUAUUUCUCUUACACCCUACAAUAUACGAUCCAGAGGAGAAUCCUAUCGCCCUUCCUCAAAGUCUGUUCAAAUGUGCUAUCUGGAGCUAGUAGGCUAACUACUUCAUUUGCUAUAUAACAUGAUUCAUGAAUGCAAUAUGUAAUUCAAAAGGCAUUAACAUUUUCAUGAAUACAGGGUCAAAUUAUUUAUAGCUAUAAUAAAAUGAGUCUCAACCAGUGAAAUUGCUGUGGGAUUUAAAGGGACAGGGAGUUAAAAGAUUAGUUCAGAAUAAAUAUUUCCUGAUAAUUUACUCACCCCAUGUCAAACAAGAUGUUCAUGUCAUGUUGGAAAAUGUCACA